GGGCCCGGCGUCCAAAAUUUUAAGUGCACCUCGCAGGCAUCCUCAAAUGACCGUGCGGAAACGCCUAGUCGCCGUUUUGAUCCGACGAUAACCGAGGUAACCGUUAUCCGGGUGCUCGUAUCCGUCGACGACCGUGCCGAACCGUUCGAUUUCGAGCGAGCAAAGGCGGGGGUGUCGUCAGGAGAAGAGCGAGGAUAAAUUCAAGGGUAAAUUCUCGGUGACACAUCAUCUCCGAAAGCGAACUCGGGUUGGCGAGAGAAAGGAGACGAUUACAAAGAUCGAAGGCUCGGCCGUAGACCUCCCGGGGACAGUGAUGACGCGUCGAUGAGGAAUCACUGGCAUGGCCACGAUACUCAGCCCCCGAAAGUCGGAGGUCAACGCUCUCGAACAGCGGGGCUAUCUCAUCGGCAAGAAGAUCGGACAGGGGACCUACGCGACCGUUCAUCUGGCGGAGUAUGUCGAUGGCACGAGCUCCAAGAAGAUGCGUCUGGCCUGCAAGAUCUUCGAUAAACAGAAGGCGCCGUCCGACUUCUUGGACAAAUUCUUCCCCCGCGAGCUCGAAAUUCUGACGAAGAUAGAGAAUCCACAUAUAAUUCAAGUGCACAGUAUCCUGCAGCGCGGUCCGCGCGUCUUCAUCUUCAUGCGCUACGCCGACAACGGCGACCUGCUCGACUUCGUGAGGAGCUACGGCAUUGUGCCGGAACAGCAGUCGCGGCUGUGGUUCCGGCAGAUGGCAUCCGGCCUGCACUACCUGCACGGCAAGAACAUCGCCCACCGGGACCUCAAGUGCGAGAACAUACUGCUAUCGCGGAAGUUCAACGUGAAACUGGCGGACUUCGGUUUCGCCAGGUUUUGCGCGGACCACGAGGGCAGGCGGGUGCUCAGCCAGACGUAUUGCGGCUCGGCGGCGUACGCCGCGCCUGAGAUCGUCGCCGGCAUCCCCUACAACCCGAAAUUGGCGGACGUCUGGUCGCUCGGCAUCAUCCUCUACAUCAUGCUCAACGGCCGGAUGCCGUUCGACGACAAGGAUCUGCGGAAGCUCCUGAGGAACCAGAGAUCGCGCAACUGGGUCUUCCGCAUGCGCGUCCGCGACGUUCUGUCCGCCCUCGCCAAGAACAUCGUCCGGCAGAUCCUCGAGCCGGACAUUACCCUGCGGCUGACCCUCGAGCGCGUGUUGGCUCAUGAUUGGGUGAGGGCGAAGAAGGAGAAGACGGGCUCCCUCGCCGGCAGACUGGUCCAUUCGGCGCCGCCGAGUCACGCUCCGGUUACGAUCCACAACGUUCAUUAUUGUUAUCCGCGGCCCACAGAAAUCUUCUCGCGAUUUCGCCCCGUUUCUAUCGACGUCCGUUAAACUCUUAGACGAGGAUUUCAACUUGGAUUAAGGUUUCAAGGGUUGCCAACGGCCUAGAAAUGUGAUGUUAACGUUACGACACGAUCGCCGCUCUUCUUAUAUUCCUCGUGCAAGUAGACUUCACGUAAACGCGAUAUGAAUGCGAUGAGUGCGCGCUGCUCCCUCCUUUACCAUAUUUAACAGAGAAUCCAAGGUGUAUAGACAUUUUUCCGCCAACUUCUAGUAUCCUGUAAGGUCUCUAAAUUUGAUUGAAAUAUUAUAAAAACGUUCUUUGAAAAUUCCCAAUUGUGGAAAAUUCGAUACGUACAAUCUGUAGGAUUUCUGUAUCAGGUAAAGAUUUACAUUAACUGAUAGCUGGGGAUAUAUCAAUUUUGAAAUUUUCUCACAUAUUGGAGCAAUUCAUUUUCACGUGUACUUUCACUGUGUGAAAUCACUUACAAUUUUGUACAGUCGAUAUGACGUAAAUUUUGCAGAAAGAAGUCAGUAUUUGGCCGGCAAAUUUCUCAAGUAUGGCAUCCUCAUAAUCGACGUUGAUAGAAACGGACAAUAGAGUUCCAAAGAUCGUUCCGACUAACAUUGUGUGGUUGUCUUUGCGACUGGCAAUAAGUCGGAGGUACAAUUUCGCGCUUUUCGCACGUGGGGAUUACAUUUGUACAAAAAACGUAACGAACCAUCUGUGUGUUUGUGUACAAUCAGAUGUUCGGAGCCAGUAACUUGAACGGCUCGGUUAUUGCACGCACUGGAAACUUAUCGAGGGCGUUUCCAGUAGUGAAAGAUUCAGACAAUCAGCAUCAAGAAUCCUCGAAGACGGUGAGCAGCUCGAAGAAGGUUCCGCAGCUGCCCAUCACCGGAUAAAAGAGUGGAGGAUACUCGAUACUUUGAUAUUUUGAAGAUAUAUAAACAAUAAGAGACCCACGAGGAACUUGGAACGAUCAUUUUUGAAACUAUUUACACCGUGUGAACGAAUAUUAUUUGUUGAUGGAAUAUUACUUGAUAUUUGAUAUUAAAA